AAUUUGAACUGUCAAAACAAUUUCCAUGUGCGAAGUGCUAGAUUUUUCUUUCAUAGAAAAAAACAAUAAUUUGUGAGCAAUUUAAUUUAUAUAAAUAAAUAAAAUGGGUAAAAAAGAUAAAAAUAAGAAAAAAGGCAAAGGUGCCGAAAAAACUGCAAUGAAAACCGAUAAGAAAAAUGCAGCAAAACAAAAGAAAAUUCUCGAGAAAAUGGGUGAAACUGAUAUUGCUGAAGUAGUAGCAAACUUGGAAGCUGAACAAGCCCGCCUCAAGACUGUCGUUGAAACUGUAUGUCCUCCACCUACACCGCGAUCGAGUUUCACAAUUGUGUCUCAUCCGGAGAAGGAAGAACUAAUUAUGUUUGGUGGAGAGUUCUUUAAUGGACAAAAAAUCUGCAUUUACAAUGACUUGUUCUUCUACAACAUUGCCAAGAAUGAAUGGAAACAAGUGCAAUCACCAAAUGGACCUACACCAAGAAGUGGUCAUCAAAUGGUACCUGUUGCUAGUGAUGGUGGACAGCUUUGGUUAUUUGGAGGAGAACAUGCAAGUCCCUCACAAUUACAGUUCUACCAUUAUAAAGAUCUCUGGGUGAUGCGUUUGAAAACAAAAUCAUGGGAAAAGAUCAAUGCACCAAAUGGACCAAGUCCUCGCAGUGGUCACCGAAUGGUUGCAUCUAAGAAGAAGUUGUUUGUUUUUGGUGGUUUUCAUGAUAACAAUCAAUCCUACAAGUACCACAAUGAUGUUCAUAUAUUCUCCCUGGAAUCGUAUACCUGGUUAAAAAUCGAUGUUCAGGGGGCAAUUGUUCCACCACCACGAUCGGCAUGUUGCAUGGCUGCUUGUCCAGAUGGAAAAAUACUCAUAUGGGGCGGAUAUUCAAAAUCACAAGUGAAGAAGGAUGUUGACCGAGGAAUAACCCAUACGGAUAUGUAUCAUCUUGUUCCUGACAAAACAUCACCAAACGAAAAAUUCAAGUGGGCGACUGUCAAGUCUGGUGGAAUAAAUCCUUUACCUCGAAGCAGUGUCGGAUGUGCUGUAGCUGCAACCAACAAAGCAUACUGUUUUGGUGGGGUUAUGGAUACCGAAGAAGAUGAGGAAGAUCUACGUGGUCAAUUCGGUUGUGAUCUUUACAGUCUUGAUCUUGCUUCACCUGCGUGGCGACUUCUUGAAAUCGGAAAAGCCUCAAAGUCAAAGACAAAUGAUGAAGACAUGAAGGAAGACGAUUCAAGUGCUCCAGCACAAACUACCACAGACGGUGUUUUUACCAUCACAGUUGGUGGUUCAUCUUCAGCUGCCCCAAAAAUGCCUAGUUUAUUUAAAACUCCGUCCAAAACUGGCCCUUCACCGAGAAUGAACCCAGGACUUUGUGUUUGUAAAGGAACACUCUACAUGUUUGGUGGAAUAUUCGAAGAAGAUAACAAGCAAUACACAUACAAUGAUUUCUAUUCUCUGGACCUGCACAAACUAGGCGCAUGGAAAACAAUCAUUCCUAAUAACUCGAAUCCUCAUGAUUGGAUUGAUUCCGAUAGUGAUGGAAGUUCUUCAUCAGAGAAUAGUGACGACGACGAAAGCUCCGAAUCUGAUUCUGAUAUGGACACAGAUUAAAUGAAAACAACAUAGUUUUUAAAAGUAUAGUUUUAUUUUUAUAAACUUAAUAAAAAUUAAAGCGAUUUUCUAUUAGAA